AUGCUCUCAAUUUCACAGGCAACACUGAAAUCAGGGAGACAGGUGAGCCAGACAGAUGGUCCCAGAUACAUCCCACUUCCGGUGCCCUCCAAGGACACGCUGGAUCUCCACGCCCGACCCGCCAACAUUGAGAAAUACUAUACGCGCCUGGGUAAUGACUUCCACAUGAACAAGCGCGCGUGCGAGGAGAUCGCCAUUAUUCCCAGCAAGAAGCUCCGGAACAAGAUAGCAGGCUAUGUCACACAUCUGAUGAAGUGGAUUCAGAGAGGGCCUGUGAGAGGCAUCUCCAUUAAGCUGAAGGAGGAGGAGAGAGAAACGAGAGAAAAUUAUGUACCAGAGGUUGCAGCCCUGGAUCAGGAGAUCAUUGAAGUAGAUCCUGAUACUAAGGAAAUGCUGAAACUCUUGGACUUUGGCAGUCUGUCGUCCAACCUCCAAGUCACUCAGCCCACAGUUGGGAUGAAUUUCAAAACACCACGUGGAGCCGUUUGA